UGUUCAGCUAGAGCUUUGUCUUCCUCUUUCACUAACCUAAUUUCUCCCUCCAGCAGCUUUCUUACAACUCUGUCUUUAAACAACACUAAGGGAAGAAGAUCAUAUCCCCAGAUUGUCAGAUCAAUGGCUUCAGGUGGCCAAACAUUCCCACCUCAGAAACAGGAAACUCAGCCUGGCAAAGAGCAUGUCAUGGACCCUACUCCUCACUAUUCUAGCCACGAUUAUAAGCCUGCUAACAAGCUUCGAGGCAAAAUAGCGCUGGUGACGGGAGGCGAUUCUGGGAUUGGACGAGCAGUGUGCCAUUGCUUUGCGAUGGAGGGUGCAACCGUGGCCUUCACUUAUGUCAAGUCUCAAGAAGAAAAGGAUGCGCAAGACACACUUAAAUUGCUAAUGCAAGCCAAGGCGACAGAUGCGAAGGACCCAAUGGCGGUGCCAACAGACUUGGGAUUCGACGACAAUUGCAAGAGUGUGGUGGAGGAGGUUGUGAAUUCCUAUGGACGUAUUGAUAUUCUGGUGAACAAUGCUGCAGAGCAGUACGAGGCUACCUCAGUUGAGGAGAUCAAUGAAGAAAGGCUUGAGAGAGUCUUUAGAACUAACAUCUUCUCUUACUUCUUUGUCACUAGGCAUGCUUUGAAACAUAUGAAGGAAGGUAGCAGCAUAAUAAACACAACAUCAGUGAAUGCAUACAAGGGGAAUGCCAAGCUUCUUGAUUACACAGCCACAAAGGGUGCAAUUGUUGCAUUUACUAGAGGACUUGCCCUUCAGCUUGUUGAGAGAGGCAUACGCGUUAAUGGUGUUGCCCCUGGUCCAAUUUGGACACCACUGAUUCCAGCUUCGUUUACUGAAGAGGAAUGUGCAAAUUUUGGUAAACAAGUACCAAUGAAGAGGGCUGGUCAGCCUAUAGAGGUGGCCCCGUCGUAUGUUUUCCUGGCUUCUUGCCCUGAAUCCUCCUAUAUAACUGGCCAAGUCAUCCACCCUAAUGGUGGGACGAUAGUCAAUACUUGAAGUCUCUUUGGGAGCUUUUGUCGGUUUUCAUGGGAAGCUAUGAUAUGUUUUUUUUAGUUUUGAAUGUACUAUCUAUGUUUUGUACUAUGGUCUUCACAGUGAAGUGGUAUCGAUAGAAUAAUACUCCACCCAGUAUGUUUAUAAGUUAAGCAAUGUAAGAUACUCUCUUUUGUCUCUAUUAAGUGUUGCAGUGCAAUAUACUCU